AUGAUAAACCUGUAUCAAAAGACCUACCUUGCCCGGCGGCCCCCUGCCCGAUGCGUGACCAGGCGGCAAGCGGGAAACCCACCACCGAACAUCGGUUGGACGGUGGUCACCGCCAAUGGUGGUGACGCUGGUGAGGUGGUGGUGUCGUUGGAGGCCGGGACCACGGGCGGCGGCCGUGCGCCGGCCGCGCGCCGCGUUAUCGCCGACAAACCAUCGGGCGUUAAGGUAUUCGUAGUGGUAGCAGCAGCAGCAGCAGCAAUCGCCGCGCUGCCACCAAAUGACAUCUCGUCAUUUUUUCAUGGCUUGGUUACGGUCAACACGUUGGUAGCAGCUCCGUAUCAAAAGGCCUGGCUCGACUACUGA